AUGGUCCCACAAAGCACGGCAGUUCAGAACCUGUUUUGCUGGAAAACAACGCAGUAGCCACAGUGAAAAUGAUAUUUAAAAUCUAUUUUACAGUUUUGUUCUUGCUUCCGAGCUUAAUGGAAAAAUUAUUGGCUGAUUUGGCAUACAACAAAACAGAAUACUUAGAGUGCCUGCCAAAUUACAAAGCGCAAUUGAUGAGGUGCAUAUCCACUUGUCUCGGACUCAAAAACACGUCCCAAACGUGCUUUUAUGAAAACAAAAUUCAGACGCCAACAACUAAAAAGCUGGAAUGUCCGGAGUUCGACUGCAACUCUAACACAGCUCUAACUUUAAAAAGGCCCCUGACGAUUAUUAAGGAAGGACUAAGAGCUGCAAGUCACAAAAAGAUUUGUGGCAAACGUUAUUAUAUGAGUAUGACAGAGUUGUCGUAUGAAAACGCAAUACACUUGUGCCCUUGCUUUGCUGAAAGGACGAAGCUUGCACCACUUGACACGGUAGAAAAAGUAAAAUGCUUAAUGGGAAAUUUACCUGAUCCUCAUAGAAGAAAAGGACUGGUUUUGACCUCUGGCUACAGGAGUUUGUCGCCAAAUUUUAAAUGGUGCGGAGGCAAGGUUAACAACAACUUGAGUUCAGAAAUGGAAUCCAUGAUUGAAAAAUCCAAGGAAAAAUUUGAAGAAACAUGCAUUGUGCUGAGUUUCAAGCCUUAUGGUUUUCACGAGCUGCCUCCAGAUGAUUUUGUGCUCAAGGAAGUGAAUUGUCGUAAUGGAACGUUUUUCUAUAUUUGUGAAGGCAUUGAUUGAUAUUGAUGGUACAUAAUUUUGAAUUUAAAUUAUGGCACUACAAAGCAUUUAAAUUUCAUUAAAAAAAACCCGAUUUAAUUUAAAUUGGCUCUAAUUAUAUAAAUUGAAUGUUAUAAUUAAAUUGAAAUUGAUCACAUUUACAUCAGUUUUUCAUGCCUUUAUCAAAUUUAUUUAAUUGUGAUCAGUUGUUCCAUUAUAAAACUUUAAAAUUUUAAUAUUCCAAUAAUAUGUGAG